AUGCCCCAUGCCAGUGCUCACCAUCCUUUGGUUAGUUGAAUGUUGGAAAGGAAAUGGUAUUUCUCCCAUCCCUAUAAAAAAAAACCAACAGGUUGGGGGUUCAACAGUACGUACUAUCCCUUGUCCCGCGCCACUAGCCACUUGGACGAGCGCAUUAUUGAACCAGCAUACGGAGUAGAGUAGAGGGGCCAUCCGGUGGCCGGUUGCUUGAUCGAUGGGAAGCUAGAGAGGUAGUUAGCGAUGCCGGUGGAACAGGGAGGUAAACUUACAUGAAGACUUUAAUAAAAUAUAUACAGGAAAUCCCUGAUGAUUAUUAACUACUCCUGUGAAUUUCUUGCUCGAUGAGACCCGGCGACUUUCCUUUUUUUUUUUUUGGAGAGAUUUCGACUAAGAGCCCAGUAAAUCAGCGAAUGUAAUAAAUCAAAAUAUCCCUGAAGCCCAGGAACAGCGAAACAGGCAACGACAGGCGCCUUGUGUAGUCGGGAGAUACCACUAUCACAUCUAGGGCCUCAGUCAGGGUGAUAGCAGCCCCGGAUUAAUUGAGCCCUAAGAUGGGCGAUGCCGGUCCACGGGCAUUUGCAGUUGACCUCAGCGGUACUUGGCAUGUUGGUAGGGGAUCCUAGGCUUAUUUAGUUGAGGUACCAGCCAAGUCACGACCCUAGAAUUGGGUCUCGGCCACAGAAUAAUAAUAGUAGGUGUCGUUGCAACGGCCAAAACCAAAGAAACACCAAAGCCAGCCAGAUAUUUAAUAAAACAGGAUUAAAGCAAUUGGGCACUGUAGAACACUUCUUAACCCAUCACUACCCCUCACACUGCACUGCUAUCCAGCUUUCACUCUCCUAGUGUUGAUCGAGAAUUGUUCACUUGGUGUUGUCCGUCGUCUUGUCUGGUGUUCUGUUAACUACUGGCCCGUUCCUCUGUUCGGGCUUGGUCGCAUCCCCUUGCCCAUCGCCGUCUCAACCUCAUCUCUUCUCCUCCCUCCUCUCCAUCACUCCCGCACCUAUCUACUACUACUCCUCCACCAACACCGCUUCUUCCCAGCUAGUGCGUGCUUCGUCGACUUCUGCCCUCUCAGAACUGGCAGUCAAACCUCGCAAGGGGUUUCUCCUGUCCCUGUGGGCGCGUGCUGCUGUUCGUGAUCCCGCCUAUUCUCUUCUCUCCAAAGCCCGCUGUCUUCUUGCUUACCUACGAUCGAACCCCCCCCGAAUUUCUGCUCGCGCUCCUUCAUAUCCUCCCUCUGACCAUUUCACCGCGAGAAUUCCGCUCUUCUACCUGUUCCUAUUUACUAUUAAACGGCUCCUUUGACGCUCCGUCCACGUCAAGCUCUCCUCUCCCUCGCGAAUCGCCUAUCCCACGCUCUCCCUUACAUCCUUCACAUCAACAAGCGGUAUACCUGCAAGAGCUUACUAGAGCUUUACCAUCUAACUGGAAUUCAAAAUGGUUGUGGCUACUAUCAAGUGUGUUGUCGUUGGAGACGGUGCAGUCGGCAAGACAUGUCUACUGAUUUCGUACACCACCAACAAGUUCCCCUCUGAAUACGUCCCGACCGUCUUCGAUAACUAUGCGGUUACAGUGAUGAUCGGAGACGAGCCAUAUACCCUAGGACUUUUCGACACAGCCGGACAAGAAGAUUAUGACCGUCUACGGCCUUUAUCAUAUCCGCAGACCGAUGUGUUCCUUGUCUGUUUCUCCGUCACAUCGCCUGCUUCCUUCGAGAACGUCCGCGAGAAAUGGUUCCCUGAGGUCCAUCACCAUUGCCCGGGGGUUCCGUGCCUGAUCGUAGGGACCCAGACCGAUUUGCGCGACGACCCAAGCGUACGAGAGAAGUUAGCAAAGCAGAAGAUGCAGCCCGUACGAAAGGAGGACGGCGACCGCAUGGCAAAGGAACUGGGAGCAGUCAAAUACGUGGAGUGCUCUGCCCUAACUCAAUACAAACUCAAGGACGUGUUCGAUGAGGCAAUUGUCGCCGCGCUAGAACCGAUCCCCAAAAAGAAGUCGAAGUGUACUAUCUUCUAAGGUUUCAUUCAAGCCGCAAUGAUACAAAAUAAAUAGACCUCUGCACACUAUGAAAUUCUAGUUUGGCCCAUUCGCUGUUUCGCUGCUAGGCGUCCUGGAUCUGGUCAUAUAGCUACAUACACAAUUCCCAAAUAUACCGUAUGAGGGAGACCUGCAUCUGAUGGAUGAUUUGAAUGGCGAAAUUUAAAAGCAAACAGAAAACAAAAGAGAAAAAAAAAAGGUCGAUAUAUUUUAUCAUCCAAAUUAGGUCGCGGAAAAAGGCAUAUCACAUAUCAGAGAGCAAAGCAGACUAACAAGUAAAGAUUCAUCUCAGCCGAUGUUUCAGAUCGCGAUAUUUCUUUUCCUCUCUUUCUUUCCAUGCUUCUUUUUUCUUUCUGUGCAAAACGAUUUCCUCCCCUUUUAUUAUUGUCAGUCGUCCCGGCCUCCUUAUCUGAUUUACGGUUUUAGCUACUUCAGACUUGUCUGCACGUUUUAACGAUUUGAUUUUCUUUCUUUUUUCACUCCCUCUGAGCUUAUUUUUGUUGCAACAAGACACAUUUAUUCGCCGGUGCACAUUUUUUUCCACCAUUUCAUACUUUACUCCAUUCAUGCUGGAAUGUUUAUUACUUAACUCACUGAGCUGCUUUCAAAAUGUAGCUGAGGCUGCGUUUAUUUGCCCUUGUCCAUGCCAUGCCCACUUCUGCCCACUCCCCCCCGUUUCUUCCUUUUCCUUAUGAGGGAUAGCGAGAGAGAAAGAACCUUAAGCCCUCUCUUGCUUCUAAUUUUAAUCCCCAUUUCUUUCCCGGAGUUUUAUAUUAAUUAAGCUGCGGUUUGAAAAAAGAAAAAAGAAAAAAUUAAAUUUUUAUUCCUUUUUUUUAAAAAAUAUUUUUCCCUCUUUCUUCUCUUACAUCCAUCUGCCUCCAUGUCCCUACUAACUUUUCAGACUAACAUAAGAAGUUCAUCAGCAAGAUGUUAUAUCAAUCAGCUAACAUUUACCUCGUACUAUUUAUUGCUUACUAUGCACUGAAUUACUCGCUCUUGUCCGAGAUUCAUCUCUCCUCUGUCAUCACGUCUUCCUAAAUAUUUGGAAGACUUAUUAAUGAUGUCAUUGUCCCUGUUUGUUCUCUCCUUUCUCAUUUUUACUUUUCCCUUAUUUUCUUCUUUAAUACACAUACAUGGGAUUCCAUCCAAUCUUUCCAUUUUUCCAAUAUUUCGAUUUUCAUCCCGCCGCUAUGAUGAUGAUGAUGAUGAUGAUGAUGGAAGACUAAAUAUAAGAACAAACCCCCGCCCUGCUGCAGGUCUCGAUUGAUUCCCUCGCACUCGCGGGGCAUAUCGCAAGUAUACGAAGCACAUAUCGCAAAAUGCUGGAAAAUUACUCAAAAUAAAAACGAUAUUCACGUCCUUCCUUAAUAACAUCGAUUUUCUAUCGAGAACUAUAACGUUAAGCAUUCGAGUUUGCCCAUGCCUCUGAUCGGGGACAUAUAUGGACUGGCAUUCGUGGGAUUGCCGGACUGCGACUUGGGCAGCAGACCAGACCAUAGGAGCCGUUUAACAUAGCUAUAUAUGAGUAGUCAAAUAUCAAAUAUGACCUACACGGGUCUCAUUAAAUACAUGAUGAAAAAAAAAAAAAAAAAAAACAUCGCCAUGUAUUCUGGAAAUGGUUGGAUCUUCAGAGACUAUAUCCCAUUGCAGGUUUGACGAAAAUUCUCUACUCCACCCGUUACCAUGAGAUCUUCCUGAAUUCAAAGUUGAUCAUUUGUAGGCGUUCUUGUUGCCCACAAUUGUGUUUGUUGGAGGUAGAGAUUCGGACUGCUCAGCAUUUGCACAUGAUUGGUUUCCUUCUGUGAAACAUGCAACAUUGGAAAUAUGCAGAUUGAUUGCAGUAAAUAAAGGAUUAAUCUCAAGGUUUAUUGACGGCGGUCGCCACUGUGAUUGCACCCUCGCUGCGUCUCCCUCGCGUGGUUACAGGAACAUACUCAUUAGACGAAGUAUAUGUCCCCCGCCUGUCUUGUUUAUUUCCACAAGAGAUAUCUCUCCUUAUUCGCCUCCUAGAUGAAAAUAGGUUUCUACUCAGAUUUAACUCUCCUCUGGGCCGGAAGUAAACCAGG